GCACAUUUUACGAAGAAAAUAACAAUUGAAAUAGAAAAUAAUUAAAUUAUGAAAUUUUUCAUCGAUUCUAACGCUUUGGAGCGGCUCAACAAUCCAAAACUAGAAACUAGGCAAAAUGCUCUACAAGAAAUUACGUCAAUUAUGAAAAACAACAUUUUAGUGGAAGAAAAGAACAGAAAUCCAUAUGCUGAGGAAGAAUUUGGUGUCGUUAAUCUUGAUGUCCUUACACGACAAUUAAUACGAUGGUUCCAAUAUAAACCAAUCACGAAUGAAGUCGAAAUUUUCGAUCUUCUAAUCAUGAUAUUCAGUCGAGAAGAUUUUCUCAGACACAUCACACAAUCUAUGUCAUUAGCAAGGCUUAAAAAGGAAAUGAUUAAAAUUUCGCGACUUUUAAUGCCUGUUGAAAGUUCAGAAAAAUUGCACAAAAUUGAUGAACUAUUAAAGAAAUUCGAAUAUGGCUUAUUGAUUGAUAUAGCAAAUGAGACUGGAUCAUUUCUUGAACAUAAUCCAGUUCCAACAACUUCUAGUGUGGCUUUAACAGAAAACUCAUUUAUAGAUCGGAUGCAAAAAUUGAUGAUUUCUCCAUCAAAGCAAAGUAGCUCAAAAUGUGAUAAGGAAGAGAAGGAAGACAUUGAUAGUAGAAACUACGAAUUUUGGAUUAAUUUGGAUGGAUCGAAUUUGGAAACAUUCAAUUUCAUAGAUUCACAAUUAUUGUUGUAUAAAGAUAAAAAGCAUCUUAGUAAUAUCCUCAAAUUCCUUCGUGUAACAAUUAGCGACUAUCCAGCUGAAUUUUUCCUACAACCACCAAAUGUCCUCGAAACAUUCAUAGACAUUUUGCCAAAAGUUAAUACAGAAAAUGCUCUAGAAAUCUUCAAAUCUAUUCAUUUCAUCAUUAAUGGACUAAAGGAACGCUACGUUGAAGCUAAGAAGCAAAAUCUACAGUACAUUCCAAUCAAAAAGCACAUGAACAAAGUCAUUCAAAUGUUUACGAAUAUUUUUGAAACCUUCAACGAUAAUUGCCUCGAUAUUAAUCUAGAAUUACAGCAACAAAGACUUAAUGCUAUUUAUUUGAUCCUCUUUGAUAUGGUUGAUUUGGUCGAAAAUACUGAAGAUGUCUGUGAUAUUUACUUAAAUGAGCUUCUUAACAUGAUGGCAAAAGUUUGUCGUGGAUUUCGUUUAAUUUAUGCUAGAGAAGAAUCAAAUCCUGACAUUUAUAGAUUCAAUUACAUCGUCCUAAUCUACCUGAUUAAUGCAUUUGUGUCGAGGAUUAAUGUUGAAAAUAUUACAAAAUAUAGCGAAAAUAAUUUAUGGGAAUUUGAAAGUGAUUUAGCACUGCUCGAUUGGACAUUAAGUAAUUCACACAAAGAGAUUUACAAUUUAAUUAAGAGUAACAGGAUUGAAGUGAUUAAAGAUGAUAAGGAUAUGAAUUUGUUACUAAAUGUUACUGCAACUUGGCGACCUGUUAUAGAUUUAUUCCAAAAUUGGGAAAGUAAUGUCGAUGAGAGCAUAAUUUACAAAGGAUUAAAAUGUUUGGACACAAUAAGAAUCCACAAAAGUAUACAAUUAAUUGACUUGCUAUUUCCUACAAUUCAAAGAUGUGCCGAGCAGUUCGAAAAAAUGGAUAGACUAAAGAAAGCAGCAGAAGAAAUUGUAUUACGUCUAUUAAGCAACGAAUUGCCAGAAAUUCGUUUAAAAGCAUACUCAAUAGCAAGAGAUUGUGUCCAAAACAAAUUGUCUGAAGACCAAGAAGACAUUAAUAAAAAAGUGGAUUUAUGUGCCAUUAUUGGAAUUCCUAUAACAACAGAAAUUGUCACAGAAAUUCUCUGUUUUGGAUAUUGUGAUCAAAAUGAGGAAAUUUAUAAGCAUGCAAAGUUAAUUUUGUUCGCGUUGCUUCGUUCAAAAGUCGUCUUUCCAAAUCACUGGGCUAGAAUACUGGAUAUUAUACGUCCUGUUCUGCCUUUAGUUCCUUGUUUAUUCAAGACUGAUCAAAAGUUGGGAUUUUUCUCAUUUGACGUGUUUCACGAGCAUUCAGGUUUUGAUGAGAAUGAGCUUAAUCAAGCUUUUGUAAGAUUCCUAUUCUGUUCACAUCCAAAAGCUCGAGAAAUGGCAAAAAUUAAAUUAUUAGAAAAUCUUAAAAUUCCUGAAUUUACACAAGAUUUCAUCGAGAUUGUUCCUAAUAAUUUCUGUGUUCUGCAAGAUAAUCAGGUUGGUGAUUUACAAAUGCCUGAUAGAAGUGUAAAAUUCAGCACCGAUUCAUAUGAGACAAUUAAGAAUGUCUUGUCAACUCUAAAUCCAAAUGAGGAAUCAGAAAUUUUACAAUCCGUACUUUUACAAUUUAGUGUCCAAAUGAAUUCCUCGAAACUUUGUCAAUUAUCGCACAAUGAUAAUGUAUGGAUUUAUUUUAUGGCUAAUCUCGAUAUGGGAUAUCCAAAUAAUCCAGUAAUUAGGAAGUUGGUCAUUAAUAUCUUGUAUAAAUGGGUUGUAACUAUUUCAUCAUUCCGUAUCUACUUAUCAAAUGAGCCAGCAGUUCUACAGUUCCUGAUUAAAACAUUAAUUUACUUCCAAGAUGAUCUUCAAAUUAAGACACAAGCGUGCUCAUUGCUUUUCCUGUUAGCAUUCAGUGACUUUAUUGUCGCAAACGAGAGAACAAUUUCACUGCCGAAAUUCGUUAAAAAUCUUCAAUGUCCAUUCAAGUUUGAGAUUCAUUGGACAGAGAGUCCUUUUAAUAAAGUAACACAAUUAGAAUGGCUGUUUGAAGCAUUAGAAGUUCCAAGUGAAAAUAUGGAUGUGCAGGAAAUUACAUUAAGUUAUUUGAGAUACACAUUUAGUGCAAUUUGGUUUAGCAAGAAUCCAGAUUCUAAAUUUAUGACAUGCACUUUAACUUAUGAUGAUUAUUACAAAAGAUUAAGCAACAACGCAUUGAAGCUACCUAAAAGUCUCAUUCUAACUGAAAGUGACAAUAAAUUCAAGAGAGAUACAACAGUCAAUCACAUAACAUCGAGUAUAAGUCAUGCAUUCGAAACUGUCAAGACUGUUCGUGAUUUGGAACGACAAAUUAGUAAAAUAUCUUGUAUUAUGAUGCUUCCUAGCAUGAACAUCAGCUCAUUUGCUAUGGAAAUGAUCAAGAAGAUGGGAAAAUUUAUACAAUAUGCUGAUGAUCAUUGUGAUGUUCAGAAGUCUAUGCUAGUUAAAUGCAUUAUGCUGUAUCAAAAUCUAUUCAUACCUUGGAUGUCAACAGAUGCUAUCGUCAAAAUGCUGUUACGAAAUCCUUUCACUCUGAUCUACAAGAAAACGAAUCAAAUUGAUGAGAAUGUUUACAUCCAAAUGCUUAACUUCAUAAAUGCAGUUGUAAAGGAAUGUGAGUCAAGAGAGGGACUGACUGAAAAUAUAAUUUUAAGCUUGAGUAAAUUUUGCAAGAUUCAUUUUCCAUCAAAUUUAAUUGAGAAGUUGUGUGAGCAUCUCUUCGAUGUAGCAAUGAAGGAUAAGUCAUGGAACGAUGUAACAAAAGUACCAUCAGUCAAGGCUAUAUAUACGUUGAUAAGGAAUGUCUUGAGAAUUAUGCCAAUUGAAUUGGAUGAGAAGUUUGUCAAUGGGAUUUUUGGAAAGUUCAUUGGAGCGUCGAGAGAGUUUUUAAAGACAAAGAAGAAGAAUGAAAAGUCUGGAUUUUUGAAUACUUACAUCAUUAAUCAAAUAUUUGCUGCAAUUGAUGCUUUAACUUCUUUAAAAUACAACUUCACAAUCACCGAUGAAUGUUACUCUACCUUGUUCUUAUGGAUCAAGGAGAGUGAAAAGGUCGAUAAAGCUUUAAUUUGGUCAAUAAUCGCAAAUUUAACUCGUACUAAAGAUUGCUUUGAUAAAUUUUGUGAAGGAUUUAAGAAUGAACUGGAUUUUACAAUAUUUGACAUGAUUUUGGAACGAAUUUUUUCUGACGAUGUCAAGUCAAAUUAUGAACAGAAAGCACUGGCAUUGGUUAUAGGCAAUUUCUUAGAUUAUUCAGCAACCAGCGAUGAGCUAAAAAUAUCAAGCAAUAAGCAGCAAUUGAAAAUAAUUGUUAAGUUCCUCGAUCAAAGGCCAAUUUGCUAUGAAACAACAAGCUUCUUGGUCAAGAAAAUGAUACAAAAUAAAGUUCCUGAAGUAGCUGAAAUAGUCAAGCAAAGGAAAAUAAUUGGAAGAGUGCUUGAUAAUGCAACAGACAAUCUAGAUAUUAUAACAAUGUGCCAUUCGUAUGAUAAAUUAAAGGAAUAUGUCAGCGAUGUUGUCACAAACAUUUCUGAUAAUAAACUGAGAGAUUUAUUCAUAAACUUAGAAAAUCCAACAAGUGUCGAGGCAAUCAAAGCGAGAAAGUCCCAUGAAUACAAGACAAUAAACAACAAUAUACUUAAUAUCCUUUUAAUACUUAUAUCAUCAUCAUCAAGUGGAAUUGAUAAAAUCAGAAAAGUCUUUACUGAUCCAAAUCUAUUCGAGUCAUUUACUAUGGCUUUAUUUAGUGGAUUAAAGACAUCAAAUACGGCAAAUGAAAUUAUUUUCCACAUCAAGUUCUUAAUUUCGUUCCUAAAUGCCUAUGUUUGCAAUAAACAUGAUGUAUCAACGAGCAUAUUUGGAUGUUAUUUACCAGAAAUCAUUCACAGUAAUAAGUUUAAGGAUAUCCCGAAAGAUCUUGGUGCUGAAUUGAGAAAAUCUGAGAAUGCAUUUUUUGAGGAGCAUUUUAGAAAAGUCAUUCAUGCGAGUGAUUUGUUCCUGCUACAAGCUGUAACAAUCUUUAAUUAUGCUGACAACUUGAAACAGCCUGAUUUAUGUUACCAAACAAGACUGACAGCAUUUGUGUUCAUCAGAACUUUGUUGAAUGAGAGCAACAGAGCCAAAAGUUUUGCUACGGAAAUAAAACUUCAAGAAUGGAUAGCAAAUAAAACGGAAUCCUUUAUUAAUAGUUCAAUCAGUAUGCUUACUAAUUCAUAUUCUGAAGCUGUGAAGAAGCAUGGCUCACAAAAGUGUACGCAUUUCAACAGAAACUUGUGUGUCUUAUUAAAAGCCAUCACGGAAUGGAAAUUGCCUGCAGUAAAAAAAUCAUCAACAAUGAAGGAAUUAUUUGAAAAAUUGAAGAAAAUAUUUACGUGGAUUGAAGCUGAUAAGAUCUUGUUGAAUAUCUUCUAUCAAUUUAUUCAGCACAUCAGCCAAUUAGACAUAAUAAAAGCCUGCAUCACGCAAGAAAUAAAUGGAACAUCAGUGAUAAAAGGAAUCUUACAAAAAGUACAGAAAGAAACACAGAAAAUUCCACAUACAGAUUCAAAUUUAGUUCUGAUUCAGAAUGGAUUAUUUACGAUUGAAAAGUGCAGUCAUAUGGUUGAUGUUCGUUUAAUAUUGAAGAAUGCAAAAAUCUUUCAAACACUUGAUAUAUUGCAUCCGCAAGUUCAGUCAAAUAAAAAAUCGACAUGGAAUGAUGUAGCUGAAAUGUGGCUUGCGUUUUUCGAAGUUCUUUCUCGUUAUGAAGACUGUGAAUGCUCGCCAGGACAAAUCUCUUUAUUGUGUCGAGUAGUACGUAUCGGAAAUCAAUCAAUGAAAUCAUCAGCACUGAAAAUAAUUAGAAAUUUAUCAAUCAACUCAAGUCUCGGCUAUAUCGUUCUCGUAUCGGAUGAUUUUAUGCAAACAAUAGAUUCAAUUUUAUUGGAUGACGAAAGUAAAGACGAUAAGCUGUUGAUUCUCCAAACGUUGUUGAGUAUUGCGUCGAAAAGUGAACAAUCAAGAUCAAAGCUGAAAAAUUCGUCAUUUAAUCGUAAAUUGAAGGAACAUUUAGUCGCUAUGGAAUUUGUCCUACAAAAUACAAAUGAUUCGGGAAUUGUUCCUUUGUAUAACUUGACAUUAAUGUUGAAAGACGUUCUCUAUGCUUAAAAAUGUAUGUCUUGUUAUAUCGGAGCAGCAGAUAAGAAUGUUUGAAUAAUAAUUUAAUCAAUAUAGGUCGAUACCAAAGAAUAAUUCGUUAAAAUGAAUGGCUCAUGUAGAUUUUGAUAUUUCCACGUUUUUAUUUGUUAUAAAUUAAGUAUCGAUAUUUAGGUGUAGUUAAAUCAUUAUUGAUAGUUUACUUUUUAACGGAAUUUUACCAUUUGAUUUUUAUGAUUUGCGUCUUGGAUAAAUUCAAAUAUUGAAAUGACGGUUAUUUCUUAAAAAGUGAAUAAAUCAAUUCUUUAAAAAGCAUCAAGAAGG